UGAGACGUGUGAGCGUUGCCCCUUUAUGUCUACGCAAUGGCUAGACUCUGAUUUGAUGCUUUUAUAGCGGUUCAGACACGUCUCACGUAAUCAAAACAACGUUACGAAACGUCUACGAUACGGGAAAGAUUUCAAACAUCAUGCCUGUGGCAGCCACCAGCACAGAGCAUUCAGUGCUGCAGGUGUUGGACACGCUGAGUGACAGCACCAGCUCCGCCACCGCCAAUGACCUGGAUCUUAUCUUCCUCAAGGGCAUCAUGGAGAGCCCAGUGAGUGCUCAGAGUCUGGAGGAGACACGACUGAAGGCCGUGAGGGACAAUAAUGUGGAGCUGGUGCAGGACAUCCUGAGAGAGCUGAGCCCCUUUACACACCGCAGCAACACCGCCGCAGAGCUGUCAAGCAUACUCAACCAGCCGCACUUUCAGUCUCUGUUGGAGACACAUGACUCUGUGGCCACACAGACGUGUGAGACUCCGCCCUCGAGCCCCUGUGCUUUCAUGGAGCCACCCAUCAGUGUACGGGUGCCAGCCGAUGCCAUCCGCAUGGUGGGCAUCCGCAAAGUGGCUGGAGAGCAUUUGGGUGUGACGUUCCGUAUUGAGAAGGGAGAGCUGGUGAUCGCCCGCAUUCUCCACGGGGGGAUGAUCGACCAGCAGGGUCUGCUCCACGUGGGUGACAUCAUCAAAGAGGUGAACGGGCGAGAGGUGGGGGACGACCCUCAUGUGCUGCAGGAGAUGCUGCAGGAGGCCAGUGUCAAUGUGGUGCUCAAAAUCCUUCCCAGCUACCAAGAGCCACAUCCCCCGAGACAGGUUUUUGUGAAGUGCCAUUUCGAUUACGACCCGGCCAAUGACAACCUCAUCCCUUGCAAGGAGGCGGGACUAAAGGUCUCAAAUGGAGACAUUCUGCAGAUUGUUAACCAGGACGAUGUGAACUGGUGGCAGGCACAUCAUGUAGAGGGAGGCAGUGCGGGCCUGAUUCCCAGUCAACUUCUGGAGGAGAAGAGGAAAGCUUUUGUGAAGAAAGAUGUUGACCUUUUACCAGCAGCCAAUCUCUGCACUGGAAUGGCUGACAAGAAGAAGAAGAAAAUGAUGUAUUUAACUACAAAAAAUGCAGAUUUUGACAGGCAUGAAUUACUUAUCUAUGAGGAGGUGGCAAAAUUCCCACCGUUUCUCAGGAAGACGCUUGUUCUGAUCGGUGCACCUGGAGUAGGCAAACGAAGUCUGAAGAAUAAGUUGCUAGUGUCAGACCCUCAGCACUACGGCACCACCAUCCCCUACACCUCUAGGAAACCCAAACCAGCAGAUAGAGAGAAUAUGACGUAUGUCUUCACAUCCCGGAGUAAGAUGGAGGCUGAUAUAAAAGCUGGCUGCUAUCUUGAACACGGUGAAUAUGACGGUAACCUCUAUGGCACCAAGAUUGACUCCAUCCAUGAAGUAGUGGAAGCUGGACGCAUCUGUAUCCUGGACGUCAAACCACAGGCCCUAAAAGUCCUCAGGACAUCAGAGUUUUUGCCUAAUGUGGUGUUCAUCAAAGCCCCUGAGUUUGAGGUGCUGAAGGCCAUGAACAGAUCUGGGAUGGAGGCAGGAGUGACCACACAGCAGACAGACACAGAGCUGAAGAGGACAGUGGAUGAGAGCGCCAAGAUUCAGAGAGUGUACGGACACUACUUCGACCUCACCAUAGUAAACGACGAUUUGGAACAGGCGUACAGGAACCUCAAAUCCUCCCUAGAGAAGUUAAAGGGAGCUCAGCAGUGGGUUCCCGUUGGGUGGGUCUUUUAGAGCUCAGUGUGGCAAGUAAUGGAUGUUUCAUGCUACACUUUAUACCAGUGUUAAGAGAGCUUAUAUGAGGGCAUGUGUGUGCAUGUGUGUGUGUGAAAUCAUCAUCUAUCCUUUUCAAAAACUUCAGAACCAAGCUUAUGGCUAACUCCUGUGUCAGAGUUUAGCUACAGUCUCAUCUUUUUAUUUACAGGAAGCAUAUGUUUAAAGUAGGCAAGUUUCAGUUUAGAUGCAUUUUUGACAUUUGAGAUUUAUUUUUUAUUUUUUUAUUUAGCGAAAAAUCUGAACCUCAUCCUUAAGUUAAAAAUAAUAAUAAAAAUAAAAAGAUACAUUUAUUUCAGUUACAAAACUGUAAAACAAAACUAUAUUUUGUAGAAUAUAUCUUGAAUUAAUAAUGACUUUUGGAAAAUUGUUUUUUGUAGUUGUUUAUUUAAAUGUAAGCUUUUCAAACUGUUGUUAUAUUUAGGGUUAAAAACAAACGGAAAAACAAUUUACCAAAGUUAAAUGUCAAUAUAGCCUAUACUUAACUGUUCAAAAGUUUGGGAUCAGUAAUAUUGUAAUACUUGAAAAAGUGAUAGUAUACAGGAUAUUUAUAAUGUUACAAAAUAGUUCUUUUUUAAUUAAAUGCUUUGAAUAUAAUAUUUUUAAAAGCGUUUAAUAGAAUUCUUAAUAUAAAUUUUAAAUUCUGAAAAAAAUAUAUCACAAUUUCCACAAAAACAUUUAAGCAGCACAACUGUUUUCAACACUGAUGAUAAUAAGAAAUGUUUCUUAAGGAUCAUGUGACAUUGCUGAAAAUUCAACCUUAAUAUCACAUUAAUAAUUUACAUUUUAAAAUAACAUUUUAAAAAACAUUUUGCAAUCUAAUAAUAUUUCCUAACUUUUACUGUAUUGUUUAUCAAAAAAAAACAAAAUGGCGGCCUUGAUGUACAUAAGUGUCUUCAAAGAUCUAUCGACAUCAAACUUUUGAAUUAUAGUAUGAAUUCUUAUCCAGAUUUGCAUUUAAGUUAUGUUUUUUUUAAUAUAUAUUUUUGAUUUAGAAUUCACAGUUUAGUACAGGCCUACAUUAAUUCAGUUUUUCAUGGGUGGUAUAUGAUUGGACAGUGUUUCAUCGUUGAAUUAUAUUUUUAUUAUGAGGUUCUAUUUUGCUCAGCUCCUGUUGUUGUGUCAGGCACAUGACUUUUGUUCAGUUUUUUUCAUCCACAUUACAUCACUAUUUUUUUUUUUUAAUUCAUGUGUCGCAAGAACAUAUUGAAACUUGAUCAUAUUAAAACAGAAAGCAAACUGAAAGACAUAUGAGUAACGGAAACAGCAGGCAGAUAAUAUUUUGCACACAAUAUACUGUGCAGAAGCUGUCACUAUACUAUAUAUACAGCAUAUACUAUAUAUUGAUUUCACAUGGUUCUUUUUGAAAGAUCACUAUAUCAAACAUUGUGAACUGUAUUUACAUAUCCUACAUGCAAACAUGUGCCAAUAUGUAUUCAUUUUUUUAACAAGUUUUAAAGCCCCAAACAUCAUUUUUAAUUGGAAAAGAGCCUGUAAAUUGAAGUGCUAGAGCAUGACAUUAAGAUCUUUAUAUAAAUAUCCAUGAAGAUGCUGUUGGUGUAAAAUGUUGUGUAUCUGAUCUUAUUUGCAGCAGACAUCAUGAUGUAUUUAUUCUAAUGCUGCAAUGCUUAUUGGAUGAAAAUAUCUAUUUUUCUUAAAGACAAAUCCUCUCUACUUUUUUAUUCAAACAUUCUUCAAGUGCCAAUUUAUAGUCACUGAUUAUCUUUCAUGGCAGCUAUUGUUUAUUUAUUUGUUUUGUUUUUUUAUAAUUUAUAUCUAUGUGUAAGGUGUUAUGAUUUCAGUUUUGAUAUUGGUAUUACAUUUCCUAUGUAUCAGAUAAUGGAAUCGGCUAGAGGCAGAUACUGUAUAGUAGUCAUGUUUCAUGUGCAAAAUCAGUGUGUGCUUACAAGAACAACCUGUAAAGUGCCUGAUUUCUGAAAUAAAAUGUUUGGGGAAGUAAA